AGGAACAAAAUUUUAAUGUGAAAAUACUUGUUCGCAUGCUGGCACGCGAGCUUUCUCUUGGCAGUCGUCUGCUAGUCGUCUCUGGCAGUUCAAACAUGAAAAUGUCUCUGCAAUUGCCUGCAAUAGUUAGGCUAGAAAAUGCAGCGAAAACAACGGUGUAUCACUGGUGUGAAGAAGUAGGCAGAAUUGUUGAAGAAUACGGUGUUAAAGAAUUGCAAAGCGUAUUGCCAUUGCUAACGGACACCCUAUUUGAACUGCAUGCUCAGUCAGGAUGGAGUUUGAGGACCUUGACAAAAGCCAACAACCCUCGUGAUUUUCACACAGUGGCUCAUUUACUGUCUCCCAGAGGACCUGUUAUAAAUCUUUGUUACAAGUUACUUGGCGAUAGCACAAUUAAAUAUGAAUUUCCACUCAGCUAUAUACCUGCUGCAAUACGACAUCUGCUUGAAGAAGGUGUGGUGCCUUCUUUCUAUGUAGGAAAGCUGCAGUAUCAUCCCCAUGUAAGAGUUCCAUCAUCUCUUGUUCUAAAUGCAUUUGAGUAUUAUAUGAUGAACUUUCUCUACUACCUCGUCAAUCCAAACCUUCAGAAAUAUGCCACAACCUCAUGUGGAAGUGAUUCUGUUUACUUUGCAAUACUUGAAGACUACUUGCAAUAUUUUUUACCUUGCAAUGGAUGUGACCCAGAAAUGAUUCCAGUGCCAUCUCAAAUGUCCUAUGGAUCUACGAGCUAUGCUACUCCACCAAAAUCCCGAUACGAAACCUCCACGCGGCAAAUGACUCCUUCAUUGCUCAAGAAAUCCUCACUCACGCCGAGCAGUAGUGGAGCGGGGACAAGUUCGUUGGCAGCUGAAAGAACGUCUCAUCACGAUGCAUGGCGAACAAUGAUGAUACUUCAAGCGAUCAACGAAUUAUGGUUAAGCCACGUAACGACAAAGGAAAAUUCCAACUUGCAAGCUGGGAGUCCUGCACGAAGUCAAAUCAAUGUCCUCCAGGCAGUCGUCUUUCUUCCUAGCUUGGAUCACUUAAGAGCCGUACGAGUGCUGGUAAAGCAUCUCCAUUAUUUUGCAAACAGUAUGGGACCCAACAUUAUUUCAGGAAUGGAUGAAUUGAAGCGAACGGUGUGGACUUACUUCCAGAAAAAGCUCUACGUCUUUUUGCGCCACACGGUCGAACAUUGGCCAUUAGACGCCUCGUUCCGCCUCUUCCUAGAGACAUGGUUAAGCUAUAUUCAACCAUGGCGAUAUGUCUCAAAUGCACAUAGAAGUAAUGACGGUGAUAAGGUGGUUGACUGGAAAUGGCAGACAUUUGUUGCCGAAAACCUGCUCUUUUACACGCUCUUCCUACAAAAAGUCAUCCUGAGAUUUUUACGAGUGGAACUUUCGUCGCCAAAAAAUUCGCUAAUGCUUUACAGAAUUUCCAAAGUUUAUUCUCAGCGAAACCUCAAAGAAAUGAUUUCUAUUGCAGAGAGAUCAUUGAGCGAUAGCCUUUCACCGUCUAAAAGUGGCAUUAGUCCCCAUAUCGCUGUGAAUGUACGCCAGUAUAUUAAUGACUUGGAGAAUCCAUCUUUCAACUAUGUCCCGCUCUUUGGACAAGAGACCACACUACAGAUUCGCACGAUAUUGGCUUGCUCAGCACGAGUCAAGUCGAAUUUGAGGCAAUCAAUUCAACCUGAAAAGCUUGGAAAAAAACGAGGCCUUCUAACUUGGUUAUCCGAUUGGUUCAUGCUUUCUGGAUCCUCCAGUUCCGAUGAAAAUGGAGAAGAUCUAAAAAAGGCUUUGAUUCACCUGGAACAGUCAUCGUCACAGCUCGCCGCAUUAUUUGAGGUAGAAAUUCCUUCUGAACCUGAACCAGAUUCCGUACUUCAAAUGUCAUACGGAAGUCCAUCCAUCUUCCGGACUCCUGUUCGUGGAUUGCAAAAUUCGACAUCAGAUACAUCGCUGUUAGCAUCUCCACUUAGUCCGCAAAAGCGAUAUGACUUGACAUACCGUGGUAAUCCUGACACGCAACCAAUACGCAGCUAUGAAAUAGCAUUCCUAGUCCGCAUGUUUCAUCAAAUUUGUAGCAACAUCAAUGACAAGUUUGGACCAGAACUGGAACAGUCAUACGAGCGACAUGAUUUUCUUGGGCGAGUAGUUCGGCAACUAUUGACUCCCCCAAUUAUGUACCAGGAAGUUAUUAAGAAAUAUGGUACCCCUAAGGUAAUUCAGAAACGUCUGGGUCCUCGUCUCUGUCUUCGUAAGCUAGCGAGUCAGCAAGUGGUUGGUUACACGCUGGGCAUUUUGGUUUUGUCGUAUUCCUUUGGAUUUGCACCAGAGAUUCUAUGUCUACUGCUGGUAUCCUGUGCAUGCGCUGUAAUCUUUGUUCGAGCUUCCUAUGAAACUUGGCGAGAAUCCGGGGGUCGUGUUUGUAUCGAUGCCGCGGAAACUGAAGCAGACUAAUACUGAAAAAAGAAAUUCAUGUAACAAUUGAAAUUACAAAUACCUUUU